CUGAACCAACAGAAAAAAAGGCGAUAGCGUCUUGCGUUAUCAAAUCACUGUUUUGUUUUCCGAGGGCCCAAUUGCAACUGCUGCAGGAUGCCUGAUUCCUUGGAGGACAAGGACACCUCCACAAUCUCGCUGCGGAUUUGCGUGGAAGGACAUGCGAAUGCCUUGGCCUUAAACAAGGAUAACAACCAGAUCGCUUUGGCUGGAAGGAGCUUGCUUAAAGUGUAUGCCAUCAACAGCAAUGGCUUUACGGAAUCGUGUAAUAUGCGCGGGAAGAACCAGAAUCUUAGCUAUUCCGCUAACGAUGUGGCCUGGUCCACAUUGGAUAGCAAUCUUCUGGCCACAGCGGCCACCAAUGGCGUAGUUUCCGUGUGGGAUCUCUCCAAGUUCGGUCGGCAGAAACAGCUCCUUGUCUAUAAUGAACAUGAACGUACUGCCCACACUGUAACCUUCCAUAGCAGCGAACCCAACAUCCUAAUCUCUGGAUCUCAGGAUGGCACAAUUAAAUGCUUCGACAUCCGAUCAGAUAAGUCCGUAAACACAUAUUUCUGCAAUUCGGAGUCGGUGAGGGAUGUCAAGUUCAGUCCGCACACACAGAACAUAUUCUCCGCUGUCUCCGAGAAUGGAACCGUCCAACUGUGGGACAUGAGGAAGUGGGACAAGUGCAUGGUGCAAUUCACGGCGCACUACGGACCGGUCUACACCUGCGAUUGGCAUCCCACGCGGAAUUGGCUGGCCACCGGCAGUCGGGACAAGCAGAUAAAGGUGUGGAACAUGGACGGCAGGCCUGGAUUGGAGCACACCAUCCAUACGAUAGCAGUGGUGGGACGAGUGAAGUGGCGGCCGGAAAGAACUUAUCACAUUGCCAGCUGCGCACUAGUGGUGGACUACAGCGUGCAUGUUUGGGACAUCCGGAGACCGUACAUCCCCUUUGCCUCCUUCAACGAGCACACCAAUGUGACUACUGGAAUUGCGUGGCAGGGCAGCGAUUCCCACUGUCUGCUCUCCAUCAGCAAGGACUCCACCAUAUAUAAGCAUGCUUUUAAAGAUGCCACAAGACCGGCGAUGAAGGCUAAUGCCCAGGGAGCCAGUUUGGGGAGAUUUGGCGACAUUUCCUUUGCCUACAAGAUCAAGGAAUAUGCUCCAAAGACCAGUGGUGCUUCUAACACCAAGUCCUCCAGCUUUAUAAGUCGCCGAAAAACGAAUGUAGCUGGUAUUGUUCAGUUUCAUUUGGACCAUUCCAAGAUGUACAAAUUCAUUUUAAAUGAUACGUUUUCUGGCUAUCCCCUAAGUGAAUCCGUUUCGAGACCUACCCAAGAACAUGAGAGUUUUAUUGGCUGUGCUAAGGAACUGAUUAUUAGUGGCAAGAAGCUCGCAGAGCUUUGCGAGCACAACGCAGAGGUGUCCAAGAAAUACGGAAAACAUAAUGCGACCACGCUGUGGAACUUUAUCAAACUCUUCUACGGCAGCAAUCACUUUGAGCCUCCUUUCGAGCACCGGUCCUCCUUCUCCAACCAAAAGAAUCCGAUGAACUCCCGCCGUUCCACCCAAGUAGCCAGCGAUUGGCCCCAGCAGCGGAGUGAACUGGGCCAGGAUCUCAAUGGGAACACGCCGGAGACGGCCAAUGAGGUUGACGUAGCGAAUGACGACGAUGAUCCGCUUGGUGGCAGCGGUGUGGAGCAUCCGCCCACGAGCUCAGUGAUUCUCUCCGAGACGCAGAUCAUAAGCGAGAUUACCUUUGACAACUUUGAGCUUUUGCGCAAUGGAUUUAUUUAUGUAGGACCCACAGAAUGCGCCAAGGCUUUGGCAUUUCCUGCCCUGCAUCACGAUGUUCAGGCAGCUCGUCCUCAACUGGAUCUCAAGGCAUCCGAUCACGAGAAGUCGCCGCCACCACAUGUUCCUACUGUACUGAAAGUAAGUCAUGUUCCGCCCAUCCCCAUGUGGGAGCCACAUAAAUUUGUUUCUGAUGCCCUAAUGCUGAUGAACGAUGUUGGUGAUGUUCAAACAGCUCUCACAGUCCUUAUAGCGUUGGGAGAAGCCCGUAAACUACUGCCCAUUGACGAUACUUUGGUGGAGCACUGGUUCUAUACCUAUGUAGACCAGCUGCAUCGCUAUGAGUUAUGGAACGAGGCUUGCGAGGUGAUCAACCGAUCAUGGCUGCGAUCGGUGCAGCAGCUUAACCAGCACUCGACGUCCAUGCACACGAACUGCGGAGAAUGCGGUCGCCCUAUGGGCGGGAAAGUAGGAUGGUACUGCGACAAGUGCAAGUCCAUGCAGUCCGCCAAGUGCUGCGUCUGCGGUCUGAUCGUCCGGGGCCUUUACGCCUGGUGCCAAGGAUGCUCCCAUGGCGGCCACAUCGAGCAUCUUCAAAAGUACUUUGCCAAGCACUCAAAGUGCCCCAAGUGCGGACACCUGUGUUCGUACUCAUGAGACGCGGAGGAGGCUGGGUUUACCCAGCUUCUGCCCCCGAUUUAAGUCCCAUGUAAAUAGAGAAGACUUCGAUUCAAUAAGUACCUUGCAAGAAACACUAAAGAAACUUUCGUAUGCAUACAUGUAACUCGAUAUUUUGAGCUGCACACUAUUCUAAUUCGUAAGUUUACAGUUUGUGGAAUAAAUUCAUUAUGAUAUAUUUAAUUAAUAGUUAAAAUUUAGCCAAAACAAAUAAACAGACUAGGAUCAUCACUAUUUUUCAAUAGCAGUUAAUAAUAUCUCCUAAUACUAAAAUAUUUGUAAAUAAUAAUGCUAAAUAAAAAUGUUGUCA